AUGACAACGAGCGGUCCUUCGACCGCGGCUGCAGGCGCAGGCGGCCCUAAACCGGCGCCCCAUCACCAUCAUCACCAUCAGCCUUCCCAGAGCGAGGCUGUCAAGGAGAAGAAGGAUUUGGCUAGCUGGUGGAAGAACUUCAAGAGGAGCGACAAGAAGGCGGAGAAUCAAGGUACGCAUGCACGUUGAAGCGAAGCAAACAUGGGCUGUUCUGGGCGCGAUAUACUCUUCCCCUUGCGAGGAAAUAGCUCCCGAACUUGCCCAUCCGUUGCCAUAUCCUCGUUCCGAGCUCCAGUGGUUGCACUGGGAGGCUGGUGGACACCUGCGCGCACACACAUACCUACCAAUCUACUGGUUCUAACAAGGCUACAUAGCUCUCCCCCAAGGCAUCUUCGGCGUGCCAUUACAGACGAGCAUUCGAUACGCCAAUGUCGCCAUCAGCCUGUUCAACGAUGAUGGCCAGAGUUACAUCUAUGGCUAUGUGCCCAUCGUGGUUGCCAAAUGCGGAGUGUUUCUGAAAGAGAAAGGUGAGCCUCGCGUUCUUUGGAAACUUGAGAGCUGGCUCUGAUCCUGCGCAGCGACCGACGUAGAAGGUAUAUUCCGACUUGCUGGGAGUGAGAAGCGCAUCAAGGAGCUCCGUGUCGCAUUUGACAGUCCUGAUCGCUAUGGGAAAGGUCUAGAUUGGACAGGCUACACUGUUCAUGAUGCAGCUAACAUUCUCCGACGGUAUUUCAACCAACUACCGGAGCCAAUCAUUCCGUUGGAAUUCUACCAAAAGUUUCGCGAUCCUCUCAGGAACCAUCAGGCCCAAGCCGUGGGAGUCAUAGAAUCUCAAAGUCCAAGCGAAGGUGAAUUCGACCCGGAGGCUGCCAUCAAGACUUACCAGGCGCUUAUCACUGAGCUUCCGCCGUUGAACCGUCAAUUGCUGUUGUAUAUUCUGGACCUUCUCGCAGUUUUUGCGAGCAAGUCGGACCUCAACAAAAUGACCACGACAAAUUUGGCCGCGAUAUUCCAGCCGGGCAUUCUGAACCAUCCACAGCAUGACAUGGCUCCUCAGGAAUAUCGACUAAGCCAGGAUGUUCUGAUCUUCUUGAUCGAGAACCAAGACAGCUUCCUGAUCGGCAUGCAAGGUACUGCAGCGGAUCCAGAAACGGUCCGGGAGGUGCAGAGUGGGACACCACCCAAACCUCCCACAACACCGACAACACCAAACAGGGCAAAGACCGUCAUUGGGAGGUCCGGUUCCAAUUCGAGUGUCGCCGCAGAGAGCGUACGAAAGUGGGGAAGCAUACGUCGCAACGUUUCAGUGUCGAGCAAACACAGCAAGAGGUCGGAGAGCGGUCCGGCUCCAGGUUCUCCAGCGCCUGCGACGCCGACGAGUGGCGUGCAGAGGAGUAAUACCGUUCCUUCCAGGAGAGGCGAGAGCAACGCGCAAUCGCCUCAGCUUUCACGGGACAAGAACUCUGAUCCAUCUACGUCGAAUGCUUCUAGUGCAGGCGCACAGGUUGUAUCAUCACAGGCAGCUGCUGCGCCUAUUGUCGAAACCACUCUGCAGCGACCUUGGACAGCUGGCAACCAUAGCUCUGUCCAAAACACGCCCACGACUACCACUGCGCCGCAGUUCCCGGCUCCCCCUGAGAUCACCUCGGCUUCGUCCAGUGAGGCGACAACACCGCUUGCUGCGGUUGGAAGCGAUACCUCUGUUGCUGCAACAAGGGACUACCAAACACCCAAGAAAGACACUGUCCCACUGUUGGCGCCUGGCGCAUCCCAUGAACGCCCGGCCGACAGAUCGGUGCCACACGCUUCGUCUGCAUUAGCUGGCCACAAAGGAUUCCUGGACAUCCUCAAAACAUCCCCGGGCAGCGAUGGUGAACGACGCAAGCCUAACAAGCUGCAGAAGAAACGCAUCCCUGGUUCGGCUUUGUCCAGCGCGCAGUCCUCCAGUCAAUCUUUGCACGAAGACUCUCUAGAGACACAAAGGUCGCCACAGUCGCCCACUAUUGCGACUGUGGCUCAGAUUCCGGCGCCUGGAGCCAGCGAGGCGAGAGGCGAGCACACUGAACGUGGCGACCAGUCCACCUAUGCUACAGCACAGAACACGCCCACUGCACAGGCCACGCCUUCUCAACUGCCCACUGAUAACACGACAUUGAGGCCAACUGUGUCGCCGUCGAACUCGUUUCAAUCUCACACGGACAUGUCAGACGCUGAUCUGGUAGGGGAUGACAUGCCACCGCUUGGCGACGAGCAAGAGAGGAAGAAACGCAGAUGGCGCUUCUCCCGCACGCAGAACAAGAUGGAGCAGCCAUCGACCCCUGGCAACCCUUUGGGAACGAUGACGGCCAAAGAUCAGGCCAUGUCGAAGUCUACAAUCGGCAGCGGAGGCUCGCUACCACGCAAGAGUAUGCAGGAGCCCAUCCAAAUUGCAUCCGUCGCCACGGAUCCGGCCGUCGGAGGCCCGGUGCAUAGCCAGACAAUGCAGUCCUCGAACACUGCGGACACGGUAUUUUCGGAUUCUGAGCGGGAAAGGAAGGGGCCAAUGUCGUGGCUUCGUAACAAGAUCCAAGAAAGGAAAGACAAAGAUGUCGAGAAACGGUCUCGGACGCCAGAUCGUGCUCAGGGUCACGAACGUACGAGAAGCAAGCAGGACCUGCCGCUUUCGAAGGAAGCGACGCCUGCGCGUGGAAAGUCUUUCGAGCAACCAAGGGGCAGAGAAGGGGCUUUCGCGUCUCAAGCGACAGUAAUGCCGAAUACGAUCAAUCCCGUUGGAGCUCAGACUAUCACUGAGAGCAGCGCAGGGGUAUCGCAGCGGUCGGGCACUGCGAAUGGCAGCACGCCGGGAAAGGUUCCAGAGGUUCCAUUGGAUGCUAAGGUGGAGCCGCCGAGGCCAGAGCCAGCCGCCAAAGGUGGAGGAUGA